AUGCAUCCAUUACCGCGCGAUACGGGUGGAGAUGAGACAAGGGAGAAGUUCAACUUGAUCGCACUUCAGGCGUCGAACGGGAAGAUACUCGAAUCUCCGCCACUCUCCAAGACCCCCCGUGUCAAAGGAAGAGAAGAAGUCGAGUUUCGUGUGAAGGAAGAAGCUCCCCGCAACCAAUUCCCGCCUCAGUUCCAGCAGCAGAGCCAGCAGUUCUCGCAACAGCAGUUCCAGCCGCAGCAGAGCCAGCAGGACUUUCAGUACACUCAGGAUUACUCCCAGUCUCAGGACAUCCAGCACUCCCAGCAGCAGCUUGAUCAGCGCUACACAGCCGAGGUUGAUCUGACCCGUGAACGCUACCCCGACCACCGUCAGUCUUCUGUUCGUUUCGAGGAACGUCCCCAAGUCUACGAUCAAGUCGUUGAGGAUCAACUCGACGUUACUGAAAGAGAGUAUCGCCGCCGUACCUCUCCCGCCUACGAAGCCGACGUCUCUUUCGACCGUCGCUACCAGCCCGUAGACUCUAAAGACUACGCGCCGACUUACCCCGUCGACGUCUCUUACGACCGAGGCUACCAGCCCCAGCCCGCUUCCGCUUACCCCAGCGAAACCAUCGCCCGUCGCGAAGUCUUCGCUCCGGCUUCUUCUGUCCGUGUUUCUCAGACUUCUGUCCGUGACACCGCACCCGCAUCUCGCAAGAUGGGUUACUACGACGACGAGGGUCAGUACCACUCCUUCCGCCGUGGCGUGGAGCGUGCUGCCGACCGCGUUCUGCACCCCUUCCACCACCAUGACCACCAUCACCGUGAGGAAAUCGUCGCUGACGAGCGUGGCCCAGCCCGCUUCUCCGAAGGUGUUCGCGAGGAGGUCCGCAUUGUGGAGCCCCGUAACAAGGGCAUCGCUGGCGAGACCGUCCCCAUCCCCGUCCACUUCACCGGCCAGCACCGUUACCUCGGUGUCGACCUGUUCACCCGCCAACUGCAGGAGGAGUCCAGCUUCGUCUCCAACCCCUCCCCCUCCGUUGUCGUCCAGACCAUGCUCGGCCCUGUCUACAAGACCUACCGCAUCCUGGACCUCCGUGACGACAACCGCCUCGUCGCCAUGACCGAGACCGGUGACGUCAAGCAGGGUCUCCCCGUCAUCACCCAGGGUGGUCUGUUCAAGCGUAUCCGCGAUGCCUUUGCUGACGGCCGUGGCUCCGUCCGUGCCCUCGUCAUCAACGACGGUGGCCGUGAGCUCGUCGUCGACUUCAAGGUCAUCCACGGCUCCCGUCUGUAA